AUGUUCGUGGAUGGGCAGAUACGUCAGGUUUUGUUGGUAUUUAAUCGUGCGCUUUUGUUAAAUGAAGAAGACGACUAUGAUAAUAGUCCAAGGAAACGGCGGGUUUCAUUGAAGAAUCUAUCGGUUGAAGAAGGAAGAGAAGAAGGUGCACCACCGCCGUCGUAUUCGGAGGAGGAUGAACUGGAUGCAAUACUGGAGAAAACCUACUGUGUUUGGUCACCGAAAAGAAACACAGUUGCAACAUCACCUGAUAGAAGCAAUUCAACAGGUUCAACAUCGUUGUUUGGAGGGUGGUUUAAGUUUCCUCGUUUGCUCGGAAGAAGCAACAGUGACAGUGGUCACAAAGAUUCCUUCCUCUUUUCAUUAAAAAAAAGACCAAUGCAAAUUCCAAAACUCUGA